UCCAUUGUUAACUAAUAUUUUGUUUUCUUGUUGUUGUUAGUUUAUUUGCUGGAGGAAUCGGAGUUGUAGGCUAGUAGGCUACCUAGCGUGAAAUUGUUUUGUAAACUUUUCCCUUUUCGUAGUGGAGUGGAGAGUGGAGGUUAUGGUAUCCCACUUAGGCCUAUUUGUAUUCUGUGCUUCAGCUAUGAAUAGCAAUAGACAGUGACUUUAAAUUACAUUUAAUAUGAUAAUAGACAGCAUUCACGUGCAAUGUAGCACUUGUCCUCCAGAGGUGGAUGUGGGGGAGAGCUUAGAACACUAAAUUGCUUCCACUGAUUUGAAAUAAAGAUUUGGAGCUAAUGAAAUUUGGACAUUAUGAAACGCUCUGUUUAUUUAAUAUAUUAACGUUGGACUUUGUGAAAUAAUCGUUGGAGUUUGUGGAAUUUGGAGAUUAUGAAACGCUCCCUUUACGAAGCAUGAAUCACAAUUCGUGCAAUACAUUUGCAUGCCUAUCUAGACCUUUGAUUACAUUCUUUCAAAACUUGAAGCAGCUUCGGUGAAGUAGAAAGAUUAUUAAUUGGAAGAAACCAAUAUGUGCAGAGGAAAAGACUGGUGUAUUAGGGCUAUAAUAUGAGCACUGGGACUGACCAGAGAAUCAUCCUCGGGCUUGACAUUGGCACCACGUCUGUCAAGGUUUGCCUGGUGGACUGGACUGAGGGCAAGGUGGUGGCACGCCAGACAAAGGAUACCCAGGCCAAUGUACCUAGUGAGCUGGGGUGUGAGGGCAACAAGCAGAAUGUGCCCAAGAUCAUGUCAGCAGUUCACAUCUGUGUCUCUCGGCUACCCAAGGAACUGCUGCGCCAGGUGGAGAUUAUUGGAAUCUGUGGACAAAUGCAUGGGGUCAUGUUGUGGCACUAUGACACCUCAGCUCCCUGGGAGAGAGCAGACAUAGAGAGUUCUCGCUAUGACAUUGUCCCUACCCAGGUGUCCAACCUUUAUACCUGGCAGGACUCAAGAUGUGAUCCUGAUUUUUUGUCUUCUCUUCCUAAACCUGACUCACACCUCAGAGCUUACUCAGGUUAUGGAUGCAAUACACUAUUCUGGAUUGCUAAAAAUAGGCCAGAAAAGCUUGAAAGAUUCAACUGUGCGGGGACAGUGCAGGACUUCAUGGUUGCUAUGUUGGCCAAUCUGAAGCGCCCUGUGAUGUCCGUGCAGAACGCUGCAUCUUGGGGCUACUUCAACACAGAAGAUCACAGUUGGAACUCUGAACUGCUGGAGGGAGCUGGCUUUCCCACCAGUCUGUUGCCUGAGGUUAUACCAAGUGGAGAUGUGGCUGGAACAUUGGCAGAUCAGUGGCAUGGAAUCCCUGUUGGAACACCCAUCGCUGCAGCUCUAGGAGAUCUGCAGUGUUCAGUUUUAGCAACACUUCGGAAUUUGGAUGAUGCUGUUUUGAACAUUUCUACAUCCGCACAGCUGGGAUUUGUUGCUGCUAAUUUCCAAACGGAUCAAGUCGAUGCCUCCAGUCCGGUAGAAUAUUUCCCAUACUUUGAUGGCAAGUACCUGGCUGUGGCAACUGCUCUCAACGGAGGUAACGCUCUGGCCACCUUCAUACAGAUGCUGCAGCAGUGGACAUUAGACCUGGGCUUCAAUAUGCCUCAGAGUAGUGUGUGGAGCAAGGUGCUAGAAUUGGGUUCCCAGGACUCUUCUGAGUCUACCCUGUGUGUCAUCCCCACCCUGCUAGGUGAGAGACACUCACCACAACAGAAUGCAUCCAUCACCAACAUAGACCCCGGCAACCUGGGACUGGGUCAGGUCUUCAAAGCCAUCUGUCGGGGAAUCAUAGAGAACCUACACAGUAUGAUGCCACGUGAGAUGCUGCUCAAGGCCAACAUCUCCAGAAUCCUGGGGAUAGGUUCGGCACUCACUCGCAACCCAGUGCUGCAGAGUGAGGUGCGGCAGUGCUACCAACUGCCUGUAGUGUUUGUCCCCGGAGGUGACGCAGCCUGGGGGGCAGCCAUGGCUGUCAGCAGAAACUAGACACCUACCUCCCAAUAUGAUUUGACUCGACCUCCAAAAGAGGGUGCUGCUAACCUUUACAUGCUGAACAAACUUCCCACUGUUACUUCCAACAACCACUGCUGGUUUGAGCAGUAAGUGGGGCCAAAAUUGGUGUAAACUUUACUACAUUUUUAAAUGGCACAUUUUAACCAAGUUAAGUUUAAUUCAUUUUCGGUAAUGAACUGGAAAUAAUUUUUUGGCCAAACUCAGGUCGGGUCGAGCUGAGCUUUUACUUUUGCAAUCCCUGAGAUCUGCAAAGAUGUGCAUUCCAAUUUUGUCAAUUUUGGUAAAAUCGUGGUAAUGUACUGUAUAUGGUUUAUGUUCACGAUUUUGCCAAAACCGCUGAAGAGGUAGUUUUUGCCAUGCCUGUGGAAGACGUUGAUGAUUUCACCAAUGCUGCAGAUGUUGUCCUUGAUUUUGCCAUUACUGCAAUUAAGUAUUCGUUUAUUAUUUCAUAUUUUCAUAAAUCAAUACUUUCAAAUCAAUCUGAUUUUGAACUGACCCAAUUUUGGCUCAAUACCAGAGAUCCAUUAUUUUUUAACAGAUCCAAAUAAAUAAAAAUAAAAUCUGGCCCUCAAAUCCCUAUUGAUAAUUUAAUACAGUAUAAUGUAGUCAAACAGAGUAAAGUAAAGUUAUAACAGAUUCAUAAGGUUUGAUGAAACACUUUUAUACCUGUACACGGUAUAAUAUUAGAGAAAGGAAUAGGUAAAGAUACAGUUUGACUAAAACCAUUAGUCUCAGAUAACUUUAUUAUAUGACAUUUCUAGUCUUGACCUUGAUGAAUUUUUUAAACCUUAAUUUUUUUUGCCAGUACUUAGUCUGUAUGUAUUUCCAUUAUACACCAUAGGUACUCUUUAAACAAAAACAAGUACAACAAUACUGCUAACAGAAUUCUUGACAACCUUUGUAAGUGUGAUAUCGGAAUAAGUAAAGGUAUUUUGAAUAUGUAAUGUUACCUAUGAGCAGAGUAUAUGAUUUGUUUAUGACGAUGUUAAGCAACCAGGGAGUUGAGGGGUUUCAUAUAUUUGAUGUCCUUUACUGGCUGCACCCAUACACUAACCAACACAAGUAGACAUCUCAUCUUAUUGUAAACUUUGAAGCUUGUUUUUUGUGUCUAGUUCAUGUAUGAUGACACUGGGCGCUAGUGUGGACAACAUUUUUUUUUUAUUAUUUUAGGGCUAACUUCUUGAUUUGUGCUUUACUGUUUGGUUAUAUCACUAGGGAAAGAGUUAUUGUUUAUGAUUAGAUCGUAUUAUUUGGUUAAACGAGGUUUUAAAUGACUGAAAUAACAAGAAACAAAUUGUAAACAAAACACGACCUCUGCAGUACGCUGUACAGCGCUAACAAUAAAAUUGUCUUCAGCUGUUCCAUAUGGAUGAGAAAUCUACUAAGGGAGUGUGUUUUAUCCAUGCUGCAGCUCUGUUUUUUGUUGAGGUCAGUCAGUGUCAUGGCCACUGUCAACGUCUGCAGUUGAUUGUUAACUGAGGAGGUACAGAUAUAUUUUCCUCUUCAGAUAUUUCCCUCUUUUUGCUAACUAAGAAAAAUAUACUGCAUUUGGAACAUAAGCAGUUUUAUUUUUACUGUAGUACUUUUAAAUAGAGAAGAUUUUUUUAAACUUUAGGGUACUUGA